CUGAGAAGUUUUCACCAACAGUUGCCCUGAUGUGACUACCUCUCUGCUCAAGUACUCACUGACAUCAAUCAAACCAAGGCAGAAUGUGUCUUCCGGUUUCUAAGUGUUCAUGGCCAGCAUUUCUUCCUUCUCAUAUUUACUCUCAAGUCCAGGCCUAGCAAAUGGCAGGUUUGAUUUUCAUGACAUCUUCGCUGCUCUAGUACCCACAUUCACAUACUGAGCUCUGCCUUCCGGCUCUGUGUCACACUGUACCGAGUGAUGCCUAGCCGAGAAUACAGAAGGAGAUGCACUCCUUUAUUGGCUACAUACUGAAAACAGAUUGCAUAUCACUUGUGUAAGAAGAAAUUCAUCUUUGUAUUUAAACAACUCGUGCUUGAAGUAACAUGAUGAACCAAUGGCAACAGUGGAACUUUAGUUCAGGUUGGCCUCAGUGAUCACUUUGUGAACAAUCAGUGAAACAAUGGAAAUAAUCUCCAUGUCCUUGAAUUGAUGAAUGAAUAAUAAAAUCUGGACAUAUAUACAUUGUAAUUCUAUUCAACUCUAAAGAGAAGCUGGAAAUAUGAGAUUUGCAGAGCCUGAUUUCAAAAGGAUCAUCACAAGGAGAAAAUAAAAUGUAGCUUGGUAGACUGCUCCACAGGAUAUAUUUGUUAAUGGAAUGUGUUUACAUCAUUGCACCAGCAUGAGAAAAACAGGAUCAUCACUGAUUUGAAGCCUGAAAAAAUGAGCAGGCAUAUCUGUUGGAUUUGUAAGCUAUGCAGAGAUGAAUCUAAGAGACUCCCUUCAAACCUUACUUUGGACGAAGUUUUAAAAUGGGCCCAAUCUUUGGAAAGUCUGAUGGCUACAAAAUAUGGUCCAGUAGUGUACACAGCAUAUUUAAAAUUGGAGCACAGUGAUGAGAACAUUAAAUUCUGGAUGGCAUGUGAAACCUACAAGAAAAUUGCUUCACGGAGGGGCAGAAUUUCUAGGGCAAAAAAGCUUUACAAUAUCUACAUCCAGCCACAGUCUCCUAGAGAGAUUAACAUCGACAGUACAACACGGGAAGCUAUCAUUAAAAGCAUCCGAGAACCCACUCAAACAUGCUUUGAAGAAGCUCAAAAGAUUGUAUAUAUGCAUAUGGAAAUGGAUUCUUACCCCAGAUUUUUAAAGUCUGAAAUGUACCAAAAACUACUGAAAACUGUUCAAUCCAAAAGCUCUUGAUUACUACCCAGAAGUGUAAACUAAAAUUGGCACAUUGCAAGUGCUAAUGUAAUUUAGAAAAAGACACAGAAUGAGAAUGAAGGUACAAAUGAAACAGAAACCAAGCCAUAAGUUGAUCUCUAGUUCUCAAGGGAAAUUCAUUAAAAACCUAAAGAGCUCCCAGAAGCUGUAAUACAAUUUAUAUCAUACUUCCAGAGAGGAAUUAACAGAGAAGAAAAAAAAGAAGUUUCUUUUUAUCACAUAAACACUAUAACAUUUUUGCUAUACUAGGCAACUAAUGAUAUUUUUCAUUAAAGGAAUUUGGCAGUCAUAGCACAAAUAACUGGUUUUAAAACCAUUGCUCCAUGAACUUUGUCUUUAUAUAUUCUAUAGAUAUGCUCAGAACAUCUUGAUUUAGUAUAUAAAUGUGUUAGUUAUAAUAUAAUCAGUUGAAUUUUAACAUAAUCUGUAUAGAAAAUAUGAUAUAAAGAGGAAAUUUAGCUAUAAAAUUUUCUCAGUGGUAUGUCCAUGAUUGACCUUAGAAGGUCACGACCUAUAUCAUGUAUGUCUUCUAAAUGUUAAAUCUUUGGGACAAUUGUAAGCUUUUAACAUAUGUGGAUAUUUUUGCAUUUGUAUUUCACAUCUACAAUGUCACUGGGCUAUAAAACUGGUCUUUUAUUUGAGAUUAACUUCUUCAUAAUAUGAACUCAUUAUAUUGUUGUAAAUCAAUCAGUAGAAACUAAAAGCUGUGUGCAUAUUUUUCAAAGACACCUCAUUGUACCUUAUCAUGAACAUUUCAAAGGGCCUAAAGUUUGCAAAAGUGAGAAAAUAAAAUAAAGCAGUUUAACUUGCUUGUUUUAUGUCA